UCCGUUCCCAUUGGCACCCACUUGGUCUUCAAUUACUCCUGCUCGAAUUCAUGGUUGACGCGGACGACCAGAGAGUAUUGGAUCGCGGUAAAGGGACAGGUCAGUACCCAGCACCGGCCUGCUAAUUUCUUCUCUCACAGGGCACUGGCACCAGUAGUAGUGCUAGUCUUGUGUGGCGUCGAAUGCCAUUGCACCAGGCCUGAUCUCUACAGGUUUUUGCGGACAAAUGAAUGCGUGCCAGCAUUGGUUUUUGUAGCCACGAAAAUUUUCCUGGUGCAGUGCAGCAACGCACUGCAUGUUUCUGAUUGUCGACGACGAAGCGGACUGCGCACUGCUGCCUUCCUCAGGUUCCCAAUUCUCCUACGGUACCUUAAUUUCACAUAUACUCCACACAAGACUAGCCAUUAUCUUCGGCAUUAAGCGCCCACCAGGUGCCUGUGGAAAUGCUCCAACGAGUCACUAGCCAGAGUGUUUACUGCGAUCUCAUGCCAUGUUGGUUUCCAGGAAACCGAUGGAUGGAUCAGAUUUGGCACAUAAGUCGGUCAACUUCGGCAUGCGUGCCCAGAAGUUUCCUUUGUCACGCACUUCCCUUGGUUCAGCUUGAAUUAAGUGGUGACGCUGACAGCAAAACAACAUAUCAGCUCCCCAUCACAUUUCUUCUCUUGUGGCUUGCCGAGAACACACCAUUAAUUGCGCCGUGAAUACACAAACUGUCAAGUGCGAAAGGAAAGAGGAAAGUCCCUUCAAGAGAUCACUGCUGCCGGGAGAGCAAGGUAAUUGGUCUGAACAAAACAAGGAUGCUAUGAUAAUUUCUUGCCUGCUCGAAGUGUCAAAGGAGGAAGUGCAAAACGCACCUUGAAUAUGGACUUUUUUUGAAAGGUGAGAUGUUUAUGCAUAUCUUGGUUUCUGAACCAGCUUCUAGAUAUAUGCAUCACGUCUUCAAGUUCAAGCAGGUUAGAAAAUCAUGUUCUGCUCACUCGGUGAAAGCAUCAUUGGUCUGCUUCAACAAAGGCGUUUCGUCUGAAUGCAAGAUGCAUAGGUUUGCCUUUGCCUUUGCGUUUUGGGAUCACAAGUUGUUGCACUGUCUUCCCAGAUUUUGCUUUUCUCAGCUGUGCUUGUGCAGACAUACCAUUUCGAUUGCUGAAAUGUCUGACCAUCAAUUACCCUGGAAACCGAUGGAUCAAGCAUGGCAUAGAGUGUCCUGAAAUGUCUCCAUUUCAUUGUCACCCACUUGUCUUGGUCCAGCUUGCUUGAAUUAAUGGCUGAUGCUGACGGCCAAAAAUAUCAGCUCGCCUUGGCAGAUGCGUACGCAGCUCCAAUGCUCCUCCUGCUGAAUUUCUGCUCGCUUUCCAUCACCCAUUUCUUAUCUCAGAGCUUGUUGAUAGUACCAUUGCAAGGAAGCACUGCCUGAGCGACGUAACAUGGCUGACUUGUUGCUUCUCCCUGUGGUGCGCACCGCGGCUGGCAAGGCUGCUGAUGCAGUCGUCCGGAGAAUGACUGGGAUGUGGGGCAUCGAUGAUGACCGACUCAAGCUGGAGCGCCAGCUGCUGGCUGUCCAGUGUAAGCUGGCUGACGCCGAGAUCAAGAGUGAGACCAACCAGUAUAUCAGGAGGUGGAUGAAGGAUUUCAGGACUGUCGCCUACGAGGCCAAUGACGUCCUUGACGGCUUCCAGUAUGAGGCGCUGCGCCGUGAGGCCCGGAUCGGUGAGUCCAAGACACGCAAGGUACUGAACCAGUUCACGUCACGCAGCCCGCUGCUCUUCCGUCUUACCAUGAGCAGGGAUCUGAACAACGUCCUUGAGAAGAUCAAUAAUCUCGUCGAGGAGAUGAAUAAGUUUGGACUGGUGGAGCACGCAGAGCCACCACAACUAAUUUGCAGGCAGACACACUCAGGGUUGGACGACUCUGCUGACAUCUUUGGCAGGGAUGAUGACAAAGGGGUGGUGCUGAAGCUAUUGCUCGGCCAGCACAAUCAGCGUAAGGUGCAGGUGCUGCCCAUCUUUGGGAUGGGAGGUUUGGGCAAGACCACUCUUGCCAAGAUGGUGUACAACAACCACAGGGUCCAGCAACAUUUCCAGCUGACGAUGUGGCACUGUGUCUCGGAAAACUUUGAAGCCGUUGCUGUUGUGAAAUCCAUCAUAGAGUUGGCUACCAAAGGAAGAUGUGAAUUGCCAGAUACUGUUGAGCUGUUGCGAGUGCGACUUCAGGAAGUCAUUGGCCAGAAAAGGUAUAUGCUUGUUCUUGACGAUGUAUGGAAUGAAGAGGUGAGAAAGUGGGAGGAUGAGCUGAAGCCACUGUUGUGCUCUGUUGGUGGGCCUGGAAGUGUUAUACUCGUCACAUGUCGAAGUCGGCAAGUGGCAUCUAUAAUGGGCACAGUAGGACUCCAUGAGCUACCAUGCUUGAGAGAAGAUGAUUCAUGGGAAUUGUUCUCGAAGAAAGCAUUUAGUCGAGGUGUAGAGGAGCAAGCGGAGUUAGUCACCAUUGGCAAACGUAUUGCCAAAAAAUGCAGAGGGUUACCUCUUGCUCUGAAGAUAAUGGGUGGAUUGAUGAGUUCAAAACAACAAGUGCAGGAAUGGGAGGCCAUUGCGGAAAGUAACAUUGGUGAUAAUAUCGGAGGCAAAUAUGAAAUUCUACCCAUACUAAAACUGAGCUACAGACACUUAUCAGCUGAAAUGAAGCAAUGUUUUGCCUUCUGUGCAGUUUUCGCCAAGGACUAUGAGAUGGAGAAGGACAUAUUGAUCCAACUAUGGAUGGCAAAUGGUUUUAUUCAAGAAGAGGGAACAAUGGAUCUGGCACAAAAAGGAGAAUACAUUUUCUAUGACUUAGUUUGGAGAUCCUUUCUCCAAGAUGUGAAAGUGAAUCUACGCCGUUUCAUUGCCACAUCAUAUGAGUCAAUUGGUUGUAAAAUGCAUGAUUUAAUGCAUGACCUUGCAAAAGAUGUUGCACACGGAUGUGUAACUAUCGAAGAGUUAAUUCAGCAGAAAGCAUCCAUACAACAUGUCCGGCACAUGUGGAUUGAUGCACAAUAUGAGUUGAAACCAAACAGUCGAGUAUUCAAAGGCAUGACAUCUCUUCACACUUUGUUAGCACCUUCAAAAUCACACAAGGAUCUUAUGGAGGUAAAAGGGAUGCCAUUAAGAGCCUUGCAUUGUUACAGUUCUUCGAUUAUCCAUAGCCCGGUCAGACAUGCAAAACAUUUACGGUAUCUUGACCUAUCAUGGUCUGAUAUUUUUACAUUGCCGGAUUCAAUUUCAGUGUUAUAUAACUUGCAAACAUUGAGGCUAGAUGGUUGCUCGAAGCUACAGCAUUUACCUGAAGGUAUAAGUACAAUGAGGAAGCUCAUCCAUCUUUAUCUUUUUGGGUGUGAUAGUUUGGAACGGAUGCCUCCAAAUAUCAGUUUAUUGAACAACCUUCAUACACUAACGACAUUUGUUGUGGACACUGAAGCUGGCUAUGGAAUUGAGGAGCUUAAAGACCUCUGUCAACUUGGCAACAGGUUGGAACUGUACAACUUGAGAAAAAUCAGGAGUGGGCAAAAUGCAAAGAAAGCCAGUCUCCAUCAGAAGCACAAUCUAAGUGAAUUGUUGCUGUGUUGGGGCCGCAGAAAAAGUUAUGAGCCCGGGGAGGAGUUCUGUAAUGAAGAAGUUUUAGUGUCGCUGACACCUCAUAGUAAGCUGAAAGUUUUGGAAGUAUAUGGUUACGGUGGUCUAGAAAUAUCGCACUUGAUGGGGGACCCUCAGAUGUUUCGGUGCCUAAGAAAAUUCUAUAUAUCCAACUGUCCAAGAUGUAAGACUCUACCUAUAGUGUGGAUAUCAAUGUCGCUUGAAUAUUUGAGCGUAGCGAACAUGGGUAACCUAACAACAUUAUGGAAGAGCAUCAAGGCAGAAGCUGAAGGAUACAGUACCCUUCUUCAGUUCUUUCCCAAGUUGAAGGAGAUUGUGUUAGAUGAACUACCAAUUUUGGAGAGAUGGGCAGAAAAUUGUGCUGGAGAGCCUAAUAGCUUGGUUAUGUUUCCCUUGCUCGAAAAACUAACGAUCAUUAAGUGCCCAAAGCUUGCAAGUGUUCCAGGCAGCCCAGUUCUCAAAGACCUAUUCAUAAAGGAAUGCUGCAGUCUUCCAAUAAGUUCGCUUGCGCAUUUAAGAACCUUGAUUUAUCUUGCAUACGAUGGAACAGGUCCUGUGUCUACAAGCAUGUCUUUGGGCUCUUGGCCAUCUCUUGUGAAUUUAGAAGUUACGUCACUGGCAACCAUGAUGAUGGUGCCUCUAGAGGACCGGCAAAACCAAAGCCAGAUACCUCUGGAAGCACUUCGUAGUUUGACUCUAAAUGGUCCUAAUUGCUUCGCUAAAACACCCGUGUUGUCCAAACUGCAUCAUGUGCUUUGGGAAUGCUUUGCCUUUGUGGAAGAACUGAAGAUUUUUGGAUGUGGUGAACUUGUCCGCUGGCCAGUAGAGGAGCUGCAGAGUUUGGCUCACCUCCGCUAUCUGGCUAUUAGCCUUUGUGACAACCUGAAGGGGAAGGGUUCAUCAUCUGAGGAGACCCUGCCGCUUCCCCAGCUGGAGAGGUUACACAUCGAGGGAUGCAUCAGCUUACUGGAGAUUCCAAAGUUGCUUCCUUCCCUCGAGCAACUGGCGAUUUCAUCUUGCAUGAAUUUGGAGGCACUGCCUUCCAACCUUGGCGAUCUAGCCAAGCUGAGGGAGCUCUCCUUGCAUUCCUGUGAAGGCCUGAAAGUGCUGCCGGAUGGGAUGGAUGGUCUCACUUCCCUUGAGAAGUUAGCGAUCGGAUACUGUCCAAGGAUAGAGAAACUCCCGGAGGGUCUCCUCCAGCAGCUCCCAGCCCUCAAAUGCCUAUGCAUACUGGGCUGCCCCAACUUGGGACAACGUUGUAGAGAAGGUGGGGAGUAUUCCCAUUUGGUCUCCUCCAUCCCAGAUAAAGUCAUUCGAUUAGAAGAAUACAGAGUUACAUCAACACAAAAAGAACCCAACACAAAGAAGUUUCUAAGGAGGCUUCUCCCCUCCUGUGGAGCUGACUAUAAUAACUGAGAUCGGGGCUGACCUCUCGAUCGAACUUGAGAAGAAGCUCAUCGACCUACUCCGGGAGAACUCCGAGCUUUUCGCUUGGUCUCUUUCCGACAUGGGAGGAGUCUCACGCGACGUCAUGGAACAUCGACUCGCCGUAAGGCCCGACAAGGCGUUCAUGAAGCAAAAACUCCGGAAACUCUCCACGGAGCGAAGCGAGGUCAUCAAGCUAGAAAUUGCGAAGCUCUCCGAGGCCGGACACAUUCGAGAAGUUUGGCACCCCGAGUGGUUGGCCAAUCCGGUCUUGGUGAAGAAAUCCAACGGCAAGUGGCGGAUGUGUGUCGAUUUCACCGACUUGAACAAGACGUGUCCCAAGGACGACUACCAUCUCCCGCGGAUCGACCAGCUAGUCAACUCCAUGGAGGGAUGUGAGAGGUUGAGCUUCUUGGACGCCUAUUCGGGGUAUCACCAAGUCCACAUGGCCAAGUAAGACGAAGAGAAGACCAACUUCAUCA